AUGAAGUUACCAAUUCUCUUGUUGUCCACAAUUGCUACCGCUAUAGCUUUAGAAUUUGAUGAUCAAGAGAACUUAAAUGCCCAAGUUAUUUCCCAAAACAUUUUCGAAAACUCUAGGAGUGAUCCACUAUCCUUUGAGUCUAAAGAUAAUGAGAAUUCUUUGCAAAAAAGAAUGGUAAAUGAAACAAAAUAUACUGCAUAUAUACUUGAACAUGGAUCUAAUUUAGAAAUCGAAGAUGUAUUGGAAUUUUUACCUAAUAAUUAUGAUAGUGAUCCAUCUCUCUCUGCUUAUUGCAGAGAAGCCAAACAUGUUAUACAAUCCAAACAAGAUUUAUUCGAUUUACAAGCACAAUGUCCCACUGUGAAGGGAACUGUUCAUAUUAUAGAUUAUGAUAGUCAGGAGGUUAACCUGGGAAGUAUUGAAAAGAUUACAGGAGAUUUAUUAAUUGAAGAUAGUCCAGAAAUUGUUAGAAUCAUUGCCCCGGCGUUGAAAGAAGUUGGUGGAACCUUCUCUUUACAUAGUUUAACAUCAUUGGUAUUGCUAGACGUUGGAAUAAUGACUAAAGUUAAAGCUAUUGACUGGAAAGUUGUACCGAUUUUAAACACCGUGUCACUUAAUGACAACAUCGAAAACUUGGAAUCGAUAGUAAUAUCUGAUACUUCACUCUCAGAAAUAGAAGGGUUCGAUAAGAUUUAUGAAUUAGAAAUAUUCAAUAUUAAUAAUAAUAGAUUCUUGGAAAUAAUAAGAACAAAUUUGAAGCAAGUUAAAACACAAUUUACCAUUCAUGCAAAUGCAAAGGAAAUGCAAUUGGAAAUGCCUGAACUAGAAUUUGCUGAAAAUAUAACAGUUAGAGAUACCUCAUCUGUUUAUUUCCCAAAGUUAGAGCGUGUUGCCAGUUCGAUGGAAUUCAUUGAGAACUUAUUCACUGAAUUAGAAAUUCCAACAUUAACUGCUGUAGGUGGUACUCUUGGUAUUAUUGAUAAUCAAAACCUUAAAUCUGUCAACUUCAGUGGUGUAACCAAUAUUCAAGGUGGCCUCAUGAUAAGUAAUAAUGAAAGGUUAGAGACGCUAGACUUCCUACCAACAUUAAAGCAAAUAGGUGGUGCUAUCUUCUUCGAAGGUCGUUUCCAAGAUACAGAUUUCCCAGAACUGAAAUUAGUAAAAGGUAGUGCAUAUAUUAAUAGUAAUUCCGAAACACUAGAUUGUAGCAAAUGGACCACUCCAAUCAGUGGACGUUCCAUUAUUAGAGGGGGUAAGAUAAAUUGUACAUCUGGAAGGAAACAGAAAUCAAUAAGUGUUAACGAAAACGGUGAUGUUAUCCAGGGAAGUGAAGUGGUCACCGAAACUGAAGUAGUGCCAGAAAAGAAAAACAGCUAUGGCUCCAGCGUAUCAAACAGCAGUUCAAUGAAAACAAUAUCACAAAUGUCAGUACUUUUAUGGAUAUUAGUCGUAGGAGCCGUUACUAUAACAUCAAACAUAGCAAUCUAG